GGACGCGUAUGCGCUCACUCUUGUUUCUGAAUUGCACUCUACUUUGACCAUCGCGAUGGCGCCCCUUGCGGUUAAGAUCAAGCAUGCGGGAAAGGCUUAUGAUGUGCAGCUGGACCCCGAUCAGCCCCCGACAGUGUUCAAGGACGCAGUCUACCAGGUGACGGGAGUGCCGCCCGAUCGUAUGAAAGUUAUGAUUAAGGGAGGGAUGCUGAAGGACGAUACAGACUGGAAGAAAGUCAAUCUCAAAGAGGGACAGACAUUCAUGGUGAUCGGAGCAGCAGGAGAGUUGCCGAAGCCUCCAGAGAUGCCGAUUGUUUUCCUCGAAGACAUGGACGAUGUGACCCUUGCUGAAGCGCUAUCGCUACCCAUCGGUCUGAAAAACCUGGGAAACACAUGCUACAUGAACGCCACACUCCAAGCCAUGCGCGCCAUCCCCGAGCUCCAAACUGCUCUGCAGAAUAAUGCACCGUCAGGUCUGCCGUCCGCACUCAAGAACUUGUAUUCACAGAUGUCCCGCACAACAGACAGCGUCGUGCCCAGCACAUUCCUUGCGGUCCUUCGCCAGACAUUCCCCCAGUUCGCUGAGCAGGCGAGGAACUCGAAGGGCCUCGGUGGGAUGUUCGCGAUGUAUGCACAGCAGGACGCGGAGGAAUGCUGGGUACAACUGACAAAUGCGCUUAAGGAGGUCCCUGGUCUUCCCGGUCCUUCGUCUGAGGGGACGAUCUCGAAGACUUUCGUUGAUCAGUACAUGACUGGUGAGAUGCGUCGGGAACUGCGAUGCGACGAGGCGCCAGAAGAGCCUCCCACCGUGACCUUCGAGAAGGUGCUCAAGAUCGAGUGCAACAUCUCCAUCACAACAAACUACAUGCUUCAAGGAAUCAAGGAGGGACUCAACCAGAAGAUCGAGAAGAACUCGCCAUCACUCGGCCGCAACGCAAUGUACACAGCCACAUCCCGCCUCUCCCGCCUGCCUACAUAUCUCACCGUGCACAUGGUGCGCUUCGCAUGGCGGCAAGACAUCGGCAAGAAGGCUAAGAUCAUGCGCAAGGUGAAAUUCCCAACCGACUUCGACGCGCUUGAACUGGUGACAGAUGAGCUCCGGGAGAAAAUGCUCCCGCUCACUGACCGCUUCAAGAAGAUCGAGGGCGAUCGUUCCGAGCGGCGGACCAUCCGCAAACGCACGGCGGCGAGGCGCCAGGCACUGGCUACCGCGCAGACGGCCGCGACCGCCUCCGCCUCUGAGCCUGCCGAGGUCCCGGGGCAGGUUGCUGAAGAAGUCCCGAUGGAUUUGGACGAGGAGCCGGUCUAUCGAGAGAGGGAGAGGGAGGAGCUCGAGGCGCUCAUCCAUCCUGACCUCAAGGCAGACGUUGGGUGCAGCGUCUCGGGACAGUACGAGCUGAUCGCGAUCGUCACGCACAAGGGCGCCGCAGCCGACUCUGGGCACUACAUGGGCUUCGCGAAGAAGAGCGCGAUCCGACCCAUUGCCAACUCGACCGCACCGGGCUCAUCGGCGACGCCUACAGUGGCGGAGGAUGACGAGGACUGGUACAAGUUUGACGAUGACAAGGUGUCGAUUUUCCCGAAGGACAAGCUGGCGACGCUGGAUGGCGGAGGGGAGGACUCAUCGGCGUAUGUGCUGUUAUACAAGACGAAGCCACUUGCGUAGACUGUGUACAUAUGCGCGUGUGUGUAUGUUGACGGGUGAUCAUCGACAUCGAUCAUCGUCGCCGUGAUUGUUGUGGUUUGCUGUCGCGAAAGACCAGGUCAGCCUUGCUGCGCCGACGUGUUGUUCGCCAUUCACCCCAGACAUGGAGCUCUUUUUCGAUGUGUAAUAUGUGGGGAAAAUGUGAACUAGUAUUUUGAUAAUGGGUCGGUUCUUUGCGAAAAUGACAUAGCAGUUU